AUGUGUGGGCUUUUCUAUGACAUCAAUGUUGACUACACGUCUAUUCUUUGGGAAGAUUUCCUUACCUUUCUCCAUGCCUUAAAGAAUAAGUUCCUGAUUCAUCAUCCUUGUUGGUGGUCUAUCGUUAGUCAUGAUGUCAUUAAUAAUAUAAAUCGUACACCAGACGAGAUUCUAGAAGACCCACAACCACAUUUCUUGUAUCAACCGCCUCCUAUCCCAUAUCCAACCAUCUCUGAUGAUAAUAUUGGAGUAGAUUUAGAUGAGCCCACGUUUCUUCCUAAAUAUGGGACAACCUCUAAGCUACUAUCUUUCUUAGAUUCCUUGUUUCAAACUUCAUCUGACUAUGUAAAACCUUCCUCCCUAGCUUCAGUUUCUCCGGCAGUCUUUCAGUCGGUUCUAGAAAGCCCAAGCAAUCAUGUCUCAUUCGAUUAUGACUCACUUGAGGAUGAUGACCAAGAUGGUGAAAAACAAUCUGAACUUGAAGAUUUCCCUAGAAGCUUUCCAGUACAAGAUAAUCAAGAUGAGGAUAUUCCAAUGCAAACGGUAGACAUUCCUUUUAGUGAAGGACUGAUAGUUGAUAAUGAACCACACGACAUGUCAAUUGUCCUUUAUUCUAAACCAUCUACCAAUACAUUAACCAUUGAUCUUGAUGAAUACUCUCCUUCACCUCCAAUCUUGAGAAGUCCAUUGUAG